CAAAGCUCUAUCUUAAUUACUCUAAGACAAAGAAUACCAAAACAUGGCAGUAAACUAAAGAGCCAGCUGCAUGUGAUACCUCAUGAGUCCUCACUUCUCUUCCAACCUCUCCCACCAAAAGGAUAAACAUAACUAACCCCUCUACACACACACUCAUCAUCAUUGCUCUGUUCCUUUCUCCACUUUCCUUCAGAAACAGAGUACCUAAAACAGGGGAAUAUGCAGGGGAGCAGUAGAAGAAGAUCUAUAACAAGAAAUGCAGGAGUUGCCUCUGGUUCUGUUUGGGAAACAAGAAUGAAGAUGGAUCAAGUGAAAGGUGGCAUCAAAGUAUUCAAUGGAGAUAAUGGUAAUGAUAAUAGAGAUGAAGAAGGGAUGAAAGUUUAUCGAAGACUUGUUCGAAACCAGAGUGAUCCUUCUUCAAUGGGAAAUAGGAAGAGGAGGAAUUGGAAGCAACCAGAGAAACAUGAGAGUGGUGGUGGUUGUAGUGCAAUUCAACUUAAGAGGUAUAUCUCUGAAUUGAAUAAAGAGGAAGAUAGUGUGAGUGUUGAGGAGGAGGAAGAGAAGGAGGUUGAGAUUGAUAAAGAGAUGGAUCUAGUUGUUGUUGUAAAUGAGGCAAAGAGUGAAGCAGAGGAGAAGGUUGAUCAAAGCUUUGAGACUCCAGCAUCGACACCAACACCGGCACCGGAGAAGAUCGAACAUGAGACAAUUGAUCUUCGAACAAUGCACCCUGAUCCGGUCAAGCCACCAUCUUUGGUGAGCAAUGCUAACAUCCAUGAGACAUUUGAAGCUGAAGAAGAGGAAGUGGAUUAUCAGUGUGAGACUAAAUUGGGAGAUCAUAACAGAAUGCAGAGCAUUGUUGAUCUGGUGAUGUGGAGAGAUAUAUCGAGAUCGGCUUUCGUAUUCGGUUUCGGGUCUUUCUUUCCUUCUUCUUCUUAUGCUAAGGAUCUUGAAUUCAGUUUAAUCUCAGCAAUUUCAUAUCUUGGACUUGUUUACCUUGCAUUAAUCUUUGUCUACAAAUCAAUUCUCCAAAGAGGAGUAGGAAUGGAGUACUAUGAUGAAAUGGUGAUUGGAGAAGAAGAGGCAAUAUGGAUAGUGAAAUUUCUCCUACCAUACAUCAAUGAAAUCUUGUUAAAUAUCAAAGCUCUCUUCUCUGGUGACCCUGCAACAACAAUGAAGUUGGCAGUGGCAUUGUUUGUUAUGGCAAGGUGUGGGAGUUCCAUAACAAUUUGGACACUUUCCAAACUAUUGUUCUUUGGAGUUUUCACCAUCCCAAAGCUUUGUUCUUCUUCUUCCUUUCAGUUGGCAAGAUAUGGUAAAUUUUGGCUGGAGAGAGUUAAAGAUGGAUGGGAAUCAUGCACUCACAAAAAAGCGGUCGCCGGGGCUAUCUUCACUGUUCUUUGGAAUUUGUCUUCCACUGUAGCUCGUAUUUGGGGAGUUUUUAUGCUUUUGGUGGCAAUGAAAUUCUACCAACAACAAUGCAUGGUAGCACAAGAGUGGGAUGUGGAGGAGGUGGAAGAGGAGGUGGUACAACAAGAAGCAGAAGAUUCUAAAGCUGUUAAUGGGCCUGUGAUGGGCACAACUUUGGGCUCAGGCCCAAGAAGCCACCGACACAAAAGUGGGCCCAUAAGAGAGAGAAAGUUGAAAAAGUGGAACUAGAGAGAAGGAUAAGGGGACAAAGAUUAAAAAGGAUAAAAGAGGACAGCAUAGCAAAAUUGCUUAGAUUGAUUCCCUCUCUUUUUUUCUUUUUUUUUUUAUUUUAUUUUAUUAUUUUGCAUGUGAGUCUUCUUUGUCCCCCUUCGCAAGCAAAUAGUCUAAUUUGGAGUUAUAUGCUUUCUUCUUCUACUUUUUUUUGUGUAUAGUAGUAUCAUGUAAGCUUUUUGUUUUUCAUAUAUUAUAUAUAUAAAUGUUUCUAUUUGUUUCUUUCU